GGCAGCAUUUCAGAGACUGUUACGGAAGAGGUGGCAGCACGGUUGCAGUCACCUGACCUGGUGCUUGCAGAGGUCCUGCAUCCUGAUGGCCGGCCGCCAGCGCAACUGCGACUCUCUGACGUGCCUGCUGCUGAGAAGCUCGAAAAAUUUGUUGAGGAUGUCAAAUUCGGCAUUUACCCCCUGACAGCAUAUGCCGCACGUCAGCCUCCUCCUCCUCGCCCUCGUGCCAUCUCACCGGAAUUGGCAGAGUCAGUUAAGUCAGUAACCCCUGAGCCAGUAGAUGUGGAAAACAGGCGUGUUGUCAACAUGAUGUGCAACGUCAAACCUAAGGACUCUGGUGCAGACCUUUCUAUGACCCUUUUGCUACGAAUGGAUGACAAAAUGAAUCGGCAGUUGACAUGCCUGGUGUCUGAGCUGGACUCUGCAUUACUAUUGGCUCAUGAGCUGGUACAUUUUGGCUUCAUUAACGAGGCUGAUCGAGAGAAAAUUGCAACUCUUAUUGAAGACACGUUACGGACGUGUUUCAACAAACAGUUGUUGAGCCCCACUGGCAAUAAUGGGAUGAACUCAGCAACUGUUCCUGCCCAAGUCAUAUCUGGAAUGCCUGUGAUGCCAGGAAUGCCUGGGAUGCACCCUAUGCCUGGAAUGCCAGGUGUGCAGAGUGUCGUCCCAGGCAUGCCAAUGAUGCAAACCAUGCCUGCCAUGGUUCCCUUGCAACAUAUGGGUCCUCCACCUGUCACUGCCCCUAUGACUGUACCCAGCAGUAAUGCCAUGCUGCCACCUUCUAUGUACCCCAUGCCUUCUCAUGACCAUGUGUCGAUGGCAGCAACAGUGCAUUCAGCUGGUAGUUAGUAGUGGCAGCCCCGCCGGUCUGUCUCAGCCGGCGACAAUGCUCUCCUCGAACUCCAUUCUCCUCAUUCCCCAUCCAGAUCUCCUACAGCAUCAAGUCCUGCACACGCCGACCCAAGAGAUAUAUUUUUUCGGAAAACGCCUGUAACAUCCAGCUUUAUACAGCCCUAUCGACGACUAGUCACUGCUGGUCCCCCUCUGCAUGGAAAUAAUCGACACCUGGUUCCACCUCCUCCUUCUCUAGAAUUCAUUCCCAUCUUGAAGACAAAGUUCAAAAUUAACUCCUUUUAGAGGGGAAUAGAGAACUGUGUUAGUUUGUAUAUUCAUUUCUGUUCCUUCUCUGAACUAUCCAUAUUUGUUUCCCAUAGAACUGCCAGUGCUGUUGGUCGAUCAUCCUUGGCAGUGCUUGAGCCUAAAUCCUAUCCUUCCUGUGUCCCAGAACAAUGUGUACAUGAUUCCUGAGUCAUUGGCAUUGUAGUCCUGACAGUUUGUGCUGCCCUGUGAAGAUAGGGAACAUUCUCAUCAAGAUUGUGAACUUUAGCACGUGUGGCUCAGCGUGUAUCCAGAUCUGAAGCUGGAGGUGGAGCAUCUAACUGCACCAGAGGACUGCAGUAGCAGUGUCCGCUCCUCAUAUUCCAGCCUGCUAAGCUUCGCCAAAUAUAAUGUGGAUUUCUUAGUAUGGCUACGUAGAAGAUGAGAACACUGGUGAUAGUGGAGGUGAACCUCCCCCCUUGCUGUAUCUUGAACACCCAGCACCUACUACAUUUUUCUGAUGCGAGCUUCUUCUCUGGCUAGUGUCUGUGACCUUACCCUGUCUGGUCUGCCUGUAGCACUGUGAUGUUGAGUCUUUCAAAUUCCAGAUGUUUUACUUGUCUUUAAUAGUGUGAGGAAGAUUCAAUGGGCCCUUGUGAUAUUGUUUCUUGAUGUCAUGUUGACUUUCAUUUUUUCAAGUUUUUUCGAUUCUCAGUUUUUGUGGAGGAGCUUAGCACAUGUGGCGCUAGUUUUUCAGAGUUCAUGUUAUAAUAACUGCACUAUUCAUCCCCUGAAUAUGUUAGUAUAUAAAUUGGAACAAUUUGAAUUUUUCAUUGCAUUCGUUAAAUCUUCAGCUGCUACUGCUUCUAGAAAUGGUGUGCUGCAAAUAGCUUUGAAUCCUCCUUUUGUAAAGCAAUGUUAUAUAUCGUAUAAUACUCAAGAAGUUAAUAGACUACGUGGCUUCUUAUUAUUGUAUACUACUACCUAAUGUACAGAUAUAUAUUAUACACCGUGGUGGAAAAUGCUGCUAUUUUGUUAUUGAAGAAAGCGUCAUUUCGCCUCUUUGGAGACUGAUUGGGAUUUUUAAACAGGGGUGAAAAAUGUUUAGCUAAUGAGGGGCCAAAACUUUGUUUUUUGAAGGAAAUGUUGGCUGUUGGGGUGGGGAAAGAGGACGGGCUGGGGGCAGAAACACAGAACUAUGAAAACCAUUGUACAGGCAUAAGGGGUGGCUUUUUUGGUAGCAUUUUAUUCAAACUUGUUAAUUUUUCUAUCUCUUUUCCCCUCCCCCCUCAAAGAGCUUCUUAAAAGGAAUCAUGUUUUUUGCUCAAAUUCUUUAUUAUUAAAAGUGCAGUGAUGUUAAUUUUUUAAUUUUUCUCCAUUAGUACUAUGUACGGUAUCUCUGUAGUUGUCUCAAGUCCGAUUAGGUAGCGCCAACCUCGCUCCUCCUAGUCCUGCGUGAGCGAGGCCGCCGCAUUGGCAUCACUGCUACUGCUGCUGCUGCUUCUCAACACAAUGAUAGCUCACAUUGAGCGAUACUCAAGACUGUGGUUUGAUUGUGAACAUUUUGUGAUGAUGAUUAUGAUUGGUGAAUGUGUAUGAUGAUUUUGAAAGAAAAAUAUUAUGAAGUCCUUUAUUGAAAAGGGUGUCUUGUUUUUACCACUGGCCAGCUAGGCAUGGCAAGCCUGUGAGCUUGCUAGCUAUGUUGGUGCGCUACUGAAAAGAAUGUUGGAAGGUGCUUGUAAUGUGUGGUAUACGGUUGACCUUAGCAGAUGGUUUGUAUGGUCAGAGCUUUGUGUAAAGGUUGUCCAACAUUCACCCAGGCUAGUUCAUUAAACAUUCA